AUGGCAAGCCAAGCUGUAGAGCCUCCUCCUCCCCUUGGAGAAACUAUAGAUGAGCCCGAAAUCCAGCAGAAUGGAGUGGAUCUAAACCAAGAGCAGCAACCAAACACGCACUUGCAAGGAUGGGCACUUGUUUCUCUGGUCAUUGCCUUCAUGGCCAUUUGCUUCGUGCUGGCACUCGACAAUACCAUUUUAGCAACUGCAAUACCACAAAUCACCAGCGACUUCAAAAGUCUCAAUGACAUCGGUUGGUAUGGUUCGUCCUACCUGAUCGCGCAAAUGGCGAUGUUGCCAACUUGCGGUCGCCUCUACGCCUUCUACAACAUCAAAUGGGUGUACUGCAUAUCGCUCAUCAUCUUCGAGGUCGGCUCCGUCAUAUCGGCCGUCGCACCGAACUCAAUGGCCCUCAUUAUCGGAAGGGCUGUUUCUGGUGUAGGAGCUGCCGGUUUGGUGAGCGGAACUACGACAAUCUUGUCUUACUGCGUUCCAUUGAAAAAGCAGGCAAAAUUGUCACCGGUCAUUCUGGGUCUGUAUAGCACUGGAUCGGCCAUAGGACCGCUGGUAGGUGGUUCUAUUACGGACAGCAAGACGCUUUCUUGGCGCUUCAUCUUCUGGCUCAACCUUCGUAAGUGCGGUCUCCCGGAGUCUCCCUGCUCACCAUUUAUUGACAGAUGA